CGUUCGAAAAAAAGCUAAACGGGUAUUAAACGUUCGAUACCCGUUCGAAUCCGGUUGCGUUCGAAUGUUCGGAUGCAAGUAUUCCAGCUACGAGCAGCGCGAAGCCAUGGAUAGCGGAGGAUUUCACAGGAGGCUGUGCAGCUCAUCUGACAUGACGAUCACUGGCUAUGCGCAGAUCGGGCGAGUGGAAGAAGCCCGGGCUCGCAUGGGAUCGUCGUCAUCUUAACGAUCUGGGAGAGACUUUGAUCGGAUGAGGACGUGGUGGCCUGGGGAACAAUGCUUGCAGCCAUCUCCAAGAGUCACUGGAGUUGAGUUUUAUCCUUCUUGGUGAUGCUUAUAGUGUUUGUCUAUCCAACUCUUGGUCCUCAUCAUCGCGAUCGUUUUUCACGUUUCUCCCAUCGUGGGUUCGCCACUUGGAGCAUUGCGAGAGAGCCCACCAACAGCGAUCGCCUGCCGAGGUAUCCAGAUUUUGUGGGCAGCAUCGCCAGUUUCGAUAGCUACUGGGCCAGUAAAGCCAACAGUGAGAUGUCCUAUUCAUUUUUAGGGGUUUCGAUAGAACCAAUCCAUGCCUGACGAGAUCGUAGUGAAGGAGCAGUGCCACGGCAAGGCGAGAGUUCGCGUUGCUCGCGUGUGGCGCGGCGAUGGCAAAGAUCACGAGUUUGUGGAGUGGACAAUUUCGAUCAUUCUCUCCUCGGAUUGCAUCCCUGCGUACUCCGCCGGCGACAAUUCCAGCAUCGUGGCCACUGAUUCCAUCAAGAACACAGUGUAUGCUCUCGCCAAGCUCUGUCACCAGCCGGUGUCUAUAGAAACUUUUGGGAUCAAGCUUGCCUCUCACUUCCUCGAUACAUACAAAGAGGUGACUGGAGCUUGCGUCUCUCUCGUCCAAAACAACUGGGAACGCGUCUCAAUCGAUGGAAUCCCACACCAACACGGUUUCAAGCUUGGAUCUCAAAAAAGAACCGCGGAGAUCACCAUCUCUCGAGACAAAUCUAGCGUGGACGUGGUCUCUGGAUUCACGGACCUCAGCUUGCUCAAAACAACCAAGUCCGGCUUUGAGGGGUUUAUUCGCGAUAAAUUCACGCUUCUUCCUGAAGUGAGAGAGCGCUUGCUUGCUUCGACGGUCACCGCAAAAUGGAGAUAUGCGAGAAAGCCAUCGUGCUACACUGGAACCUAUGACAAAGUCACAAGAACUCUCUUUGAAACAUUCUUUGGGCCAUCCAAGAGUGGAGUCUACAGCCCCUCCGUGCAGAACACGCUCUAUCUUAUGGCACAAGAGGUGUUGCGAAGUGUCCCGGAAGUCAGCUCGAUCGAAUUAAACAUGCCAAAUCUCCAUUUUUUGCCUGUCAACAUGCCCACUGUUGGUGUGAAGUUUGAUCACGACGUCUACCUCCCAACGAGUGAACCUCACGGAUCUAUCCAGGCUUGCCUGGCUCGUAAAACUCUAACAUCAAAGCUCUAGAUCGGCACGCAAGCGAGAGAGAAAGAAAAAGAAAACUUUGCUUUGAAUCCAUGACAAGAUAAGAACA